AUGUUCAACAAGCUGUUUCCUGUCGCGACGGUCCUUUCUUCUCUGUUGGCCCUUGCUGAUGGCGCCCCACAACUACUUCCCGGCCCGUGGAUUGUACCAGGCCCUGCAGAUUUCAAAGUCACGAAUUUCAGUGUUAUUGGGACUGGCUGCCCACCUGGGUCGGUUUAUUCUUUCCUUGGUCCCGACAGGAAUGCCUUUACUGUUGUGUUCAAUGAGUACUAUGUCGAGGUAGGACAGGAUGGUGGUGGCAUCCCCGCAGCUCGGAACAGGAGGAAUUGUCGUCUCAGUUUUGGUGUCGAUGUUGCGAGUGCUGACUACCGUGGAUACUACCAACUCGACGACCGCGUGGCUGCGUCACAGAACUUGGCCUACUACUGUAGAGGCUUCCAGUGUACCUUCGUCGGUCGACUGGUGCAGUCCACUACGCGGAGAGACUUUGUAGGACCGCUAGACGGUGCUGAGUACACCUAUCACGACGCGUUCGAUCUCCUGGUGAUCAACAAUUCGCCUUGUGGAGGCGAGACUGUGUUGAACGUUCAGAGCGAGUUGCGGGUUAGUAAUUCGCAGAAUGUUAGGGGAGGUCGAUCCUUCGCUGCGCAUGGUGAGAACUACUAUGUUUCGUCUAUCGAGAGGGAUGGAAUAGUGACCUCUCGGGACAGACGCUCAACUUGCAAUGGCAAACUUGUCGUAAUUAAGGCCCAAGCCCCCCUCCAAGCCACCGUCGCAUGCCUACUGGCGUAUGGGGGGAAACGUUCAGGAUGA